AUAAAAAGUGAGCUGGAAAAGCAAAGAGAAGGCACUGCUGCUCCACCGAAGGCAAAUUUCAUUGAAGCGGAUAAGUAUUUCCUGCCAUUCGAGCUGGCCUGCCAGUCCAAGUCUCCUCGCAUUGUCAGCACAUCCCUGGACUGCUUACAGAAACUCAUUGCCUAUGGACAUAUCACCGGCAACGCUCCGGACAGUGGAGCCCCCGGGAAACGGCUGAUUGACCGGAUAGUCGAAACCAUCUGCAACUGCUUUCAGGGCCCUCAAACAGAUGAGGGAGUGCAACUGCAGAUAAUUAAGGCUCUCCUCACUGCAGUAACAUCUCCAUAUAUAGAAAUUCAUGAAGGAACUAUUCUUCAGACUGUCAGAACCUGCUACAACAUCUAUCUGGCCAGUAAAAACCUUAUUAACCAGACAACUGCCAAAGCUACCCUGACACAGAUGUUAAAUGUCAUUUUUACACGAAUGGAAAACCAAGCUGCACACGAAUCCAGAGAAGCAGAAAAACCAAGCCAUCCAAAGCCACAGACCCCUGCAGUGCCAGGAGUGCCCCGAUCCCCCAGGCUGGGGCAGCUGCAGCACAGCUCCCCGGGCAGCGGCCGCACGGAGCUGACCAACGGCGAGCCCGAGGGGGCAGGAGCAGAGGGCAGGCUGGAGCAGGACCUCGCCCCGCCGGCACCAGAGGAAACAACUGAUGGAGGAAAGGAAAUGGUUAAAGGCAUCUUGGAAGAUGUGGUCAAGUCAGCUGUGAAAGUGGCCGAAGAAAAGCAGGUAACAGAGGCAGGCAGGGCUCUGCCUGCAGUGGAGACUGCAGAAACUGUUGUGUCUGGCUCUAGCAGCGAGAACGUGCAGACAAACGGGAUUCCAGAUGAUGGGCAGUCUGUCUCCUCCACGGACAAUCUGGAAGCAGAUGUGUCUGGACAUCAAGCUGCUGCCAGAUUUUCCCACAUUCUACAGAAGGAUGCCUUCCUCGUGUUCAGGUCCUUAUGCAAGCUCUCCAUGAAACCGCUCGGGGAUGGACCUCCAGAUCCCAAGUCCCACGAGCUGCGCUCCAAGGUGGUGUCCCUGCAGCUGCUGCUCUCGGUGCUGCAGAACGCGGGCCCAGUCUUCAGGACACACGAGAUGUUCAUCAAUGCAAUCAAGCAAUACCUCUGUGUAGCACUGUCCAAAAACGGAGUCUCUUCUGUUCCUGACGUGUUUGAGCUCUCUCUCGCCAUCUUUCUCACGCUGCUUUCCAAUUUUAAGACACAUUUAAAAAUGCAGAUUGAGGUGUUCUUCAAAGAGAUCUUCCUGAAUAUUCUAGAGACUUCUUCGAGUUCCUUCGAACACAAAUGGAUGGUGAUCCAGACUUUAACUAGGAUUUGUGCAGAUGCCCAGUGUGUGGUGGACAUCUACGUCAACUACGACUGUGACUUAAACGCUGCCAACAUAUUCGAGCGCCUGGUGAACGAUUUGUCCAAAAUCGCCCAGGGACGCAGUGGGCACGAGCUGGGCAUGACUCCUCUGCAGGAACUAAGCUUGAGGAAAAAAGGACUUGAAUGUUUGGUUUCUAUUUUAAAAUGUAUGGUGGAAUGGAGCAAAGACCUUUAUGUGAACCCCAACCAUCAGAGUGGCUUGGGUUCAUAUAAACCAUCUGAGCAGGAGAUGGCUGAAGGUAAAUGUCUGGAGAGUGGAGGAAGAAGGAGUAGUGUCAGUUCCUUGGACUCCACUGUGUCAUCGGGAGUCGGAAGCGUGGGUACCCAGACUGCUGUCCCAGAUGAUCCAGAGCAAUUUGAAGUCAUCAAGCAACAAAAGGAAAUAAUUGAGCAUGGGAUAGAACUGUUUAAUAAGAAGCCGAAGAGAGGCAUACAGUAUCUGCAGGAGCAGGGAAUGCUUGGCACGACAGCAGAGGACCUGGCACAGUUUUUGCACCAAGAGGAACGGCUCUGUUUUACUCAAGUAGGGGAGUUUCUUGGGGAAAGCAACAAGUUUAACAAGGAGGUGAUGUAUGCCUAUGUAGACCAGCUUGAUUUCUGUGGAAAAGACUUUGUCUCUGCUCUGCGUAUAUUUCUGGAAGGUUUCCGUCUGCCAGGGGAAGCCCAGAAGAUUGACAGAUUAAUGGAGAAGUUUGCUGCUAGAUAUAUUGAGUGCAACCAACGGCAAACACUCUUUGCCAGCGCUGACACUGCCUAUGUUCUGGCAUACUCCAUUAUCAUGCUGACCACAGACUUGCACAGUCCACAGGUGAAAAAUAAAAUGACAAAGGAGCAGUACAUUAAAAUGAAUAGAGGAAUCAAUGACAGCAAAGACCUCCCAGUGGAGUAUUUAUCCACAAUCUAUGAAGAAAUAGAAGGAAAGAAAAUCGCCAUGAAAGAGACAAAAGAAUAUGCAAUUACAACCAAGAGUAGUAAACCAAGUGUAGCCAGCGAGAAGCAGAGGAGGUUGUUGUACAACCUGGAGAUGGAGCAGAUGGCGAAGACAGCCAAAGCCCUGAUGGAGGCAGUGAGCCACGCCAAGGCGCCGUUCACCAGCGCCACUCACCUGGAUCACGUCAGGCCCAUGUUCAAGCUUGUAUGGACCCCACUGCUGGCAGCUUACAGCGUUGGCUUGCAGAACUGUGAUGACACAGAAGUGGCCUCCCUGUGUUUGGAAGGAAUACGCUGUGCGGUUAGGAUAGCCUGUAUCUUUGGAAUGCAGCUAGAACGAGAUGCUUAUGUACAGGCCCUUGCCCGUUUUUCCUUGCUGACUGCCAGUUCCAGCAUCACAGAAAUGAAGCAGAAGAACAUCGACACCAUUAAGACACUCAUUACAGUUGCUCACACAGAUGGCAACUAUCUUGGGAAUUCCUGGCAUGAGAUCCUGAAGUGUAUUAGCCAGCUGGAGCUGGCACAGCUCAUAGGAACCGGCGUGAAGACUCGGUACCUGUCCGGCUCUGGGCGCGAGAGGGAAGGCAGCACCAAGGGCUAUGUCUCUGCAGGGGAGGAGUUCAUGGGCCUGGGGCUAGGGACCCUGGUGGGGAGUGGGGCUGACAGACGGCACAUGGUGAGCAUUCAGGAGUCCGUGGGGGAGACCAGCUCGCAGAGUGUGGUGGUGGCAGUGGACAGGAUAUUCACGGGCUCCACCAGGCUGGACGGGAACGCCAUAG